AUGACUUCAGCAGGUGUACAAGCAGCUCCAUCAAUGACAACAAUGGGGAUGCAAGCAGCUCCAACAAUGACAACGAUUGGAACACAAGUAACUCCUUCAAUGACGACAAUGGGUAUGCAGGCAGUACCGGAAAUGACAACAAUGGACAGUCAAUACGAUUUAGAGGACAUUGGAGAUGAGGAAGAUUCAUUAAGUGAUAUUGAUGAUUCGCGAAGUACAUAUGAGUUUGGAACUCAAGUUGAAUCAACCGAUUUCAACUUUCAAAAGAAUGCCCGAGAAAAAAUAAUUGAUCAAUACACCAUCAAUCCAACUAUUAUUAAAAGAAAGGUCAAUCCAAUUCUAAAUUCUGGCACUCCAGAUAAAAACGUCUAUAUUGGAACAGAUGGCAAACUUUUCAAUGUAAAUAACGGUAAGUUAGCAAACAAAUCACUAAAUAACUAUGAUUGGGUUGCAACGUAUGAUUACAUACUGAAUCUUAUUGACAUUGAGACAGAAGAUACCGCCGUUGGUUCGUCGCAUCCGUUUGGAUUCAACAUUGAGUCUGGAGCAUACGAAGUGCUUCGUGAUAUUUUGUUGAACAAUACCUUUCCUGAGGGAACGAGAUUACCAAUCCCAUAUAAGAAGGGAAGAAACCAACACGGUGGGUAUAUUCCAGUAAAUGGAGGUUUUCGAGUAAAACUAUUUGAUGUCUCAUGGGAAUCGACACUUGAUAUGUAUAUCAAAUUUUUGAAGCAAAAUAACAUAUCAUUCAAACAAUCACCGAUAUUAUACAACGACAACCCUUGGUUAGCAGAUGAGAAGGUAUUUCUUGAAGGGCCAAAGAUUGGGAAGAAAACAUAUUACCUUGGUGAAUAUGCAGCCAUCAUGAGUAAGAAACAGAAGGAAAUUAGUCCGUCUAUAAAGAGUCGUGUUGAUAAAAAUGCUAAUUGGCUUGGAGCUCUAAACCACAUUGUUGAUAAAUAUGGUGACCGUCUUGUAUCGGAGGGUAUUACACUAAAGUCAGUCGAUCCAAAACGAUUUCAAAGAGCCCUCUCGAUUGACUCCAUGAGUGGUUUUGGUGUUGCAGGCGUUAAAGGACGUCGAAGUAUUUUAAAACAUGAAUUUGAUAAACUUCAAGGUGCUCGUGGUCUUGGUAAUGAUAAUCGUCGUUUGGAAAGAGAAUUAAAAUUGAUUCGACGAGCUUUUUGA